UCGUCCGUUACAAAGCUUAGCCUACACUUUGUCCCUGCUGGACCCACCCGAGCAACCCCCAAAGCUCCCAAUGUACGCCAAUGUAAGUGACCAUCCCGCGUUAUCAUGGCCAAUCGCCAGCCACGCGAGCGAACAUCUCCGGGGGUUGGGAAAAUCAUCCCCAGGUUUAGACACCCAUGUUGCGUGCAUCUUGCAUGGCCCGGCAGUGACACAAGGGCGGGCUCGCACUCUGGUUCCACAAGCUUCCGAAUAUUUUCAGCCCUUCCGAGUCUCGCUUCAUAAGAAUACCGUGCCGACCCUCCUCCCGAUUCCCCGGUGCGGCGCGGGCGGACGAACCACUUCUGCUUUAUAGAAAUUCGGACACCUGUGAGGCACGGUUUGCUCGUUGCUAGGCCCAACAACUCGGUCCAUCCCUCUGAGCGCACGGUCGCCCUCAACAUUCCGAACGCAAGCCUGUCAUCAUGGCUGGUGGCGGUGGUCCAGCUUCGGGCGCUGUAGCCCCCCCUCUCAGCCAGGCUUAUGGCUACGGCAUCAUUGUCGGCCUCGGCUUUCUGUUUGCCCUGGGAAUGAUUCUCACCACCUGGGUUCUGAAGAGAUACAAUCAUGAGUCUCAGACCUCUGAGAUGUUCAACACCGCCGGCAGGACGGUCAAGUCUGGCCUCGUCGCUUCUGCUGUUGUCUCAUCCUGGACUUGGGCCGCUACGCUACUACAGUCCUCGGGAGUGGCGUAUCGAUAUGGAGUCUCCGGUCCUUUCUGGUACGCAUCCGGUGCCACAGUCCAGAUUAUCCUAUUCGCCACGCUUGCCAUUGAGCUCAAGAGACGGGCUCCCAAUGCCCACACUGUGCUGGAGGUCAUUCGCGCACGAUAUGGCCGAACCACGCAUUGCGUCUUCAUCUGCUUUGGCCUUUUCACCAACAUCUUGGUCACCCUGAUGCUGGUGGUGGGCGGUUCAGCUGUGGUGACAUCCCUGACCGGCAUGUCAACCGAGGCAGCCUGUUUCCUGCUGCCCCUGGGUGUCGUGCUGUACACAAUGUUUGGCGGAAUCAAGGCCACCUUCCUCACCGAUUAUGUUCACACCGUGAUCAUCCUGGUGAUCAUCCUCAUCUUCGCUCUUACUGCUUAUGCGACGGGGAGCGAGCUGGGAUCCCCUUCGAUCGUCUACGACCGUCUCAUGGCCGCGUCGGCGUCACACCCCGUUGAAGGAAAUGCGGAGGGCUCCUAUCUCACCAUGCGAUCCAAGGAGGGUGCCAUCUUCUUCGUUAUCAACAUUGUGGGUAACUUCGGAACUGUGUUCAUGGACAAUGGCUACUACAACAAGGCCAUCGCUGCUUCUCCUGUCCAUGCCCUCCCCGGGUACAUCAUCGGCGGUCUCGCCUGGUUCGCGAUUCCAUGGCUCUGUGCCACCACGAUGGGUCUCUCGGCCCUGGCCCUCGAGGGCACCCCGGCCUUCCCAACGUAUCCUGACCGCAUGCUGCCUGCUGAUAUCACAGCGGGCCUGGUGCUCCCUUAUGCGGCCAUCGGUCUCCUGGGAAAAUCGGGUGCUAUUUGCACGCUCAUUAUGAUCUUCAUGGCCGUGACUUCUGCAUUCUCAGCACAGCUCAUCGCGGUCUCUUCUAUCGUCACAUAUGACAUUUACCAGACGUACAUCAACCCAGCCGCCCCUGGAAAGCGACUCAUCGCCGUCUCGCACACGGCCGUGUGUGCCUAUGGCCUGAUCAUGGCCGGCUUCUCCGUCGGCAUGUACCACGCCGGCAUCUCCAUGGGCUGGCUCUACCUCUGGAUGGGCGUCAUGAUCAGCGCCGCCGUCAUCCCAGCGACCCUGACCCUCUUCUGGCGGCGCCAGAACUGGAUCGCCGCCGCGGGGUCCCCGAUCCUGGGCCUGGCGUGCGCCCUCGUCGCGUGGACCGUGACCUGCGCGCGCGAGUUCGACGGCGUGCUCUCCAUCGAGAACCUGGGCUCCAACAACCCCAUGCUGGCGGGCAACGUGGUCGCGCUGCUGAGCCCCCUCGUCUUCGUGCCCAUCCUGACGUUCGGCUUCGGCGCCGACAACUACGACUGGUCGAGCAUGGCGGCCAUCAAGCAGGGCGACGACGCGUACACCUCGUCCUCGGGCGACGAGGGCGGCCGCGGGCUGGAGGGCGGCGUCAGCACGCCGCCGCCGGGCGUCACGCUCAUGGCGCCGGAGCAGGACAUGGUCAAGCUCAACAAGGCGUCGAAGCUGGCCAAGUGGCUCACCGUGGUGAUGGCCGUGUCGUUCCUGGUCCUGUGGCCGAUGCCCAUGUACGGGUCUGGCUACGUGUUCUCGAAGCCCUUCUUCACGGGCUGGGUGACGGUGGGCAUCAUCUGGAUCUUUGGCAGCUCCGGCGCGGUCGGCAUCUUCCCGCUGUGGGAGGGCCGCCACAGCAUCGUGCGCGUCACCAAGGGCAUGCUCGGCAUGAAGAAGGCCGACGCCUUCAGCGAGCCGAUCGAGGGUAAGGUCACGGAUGUGCCGGACAAUGCCUCGGAGAAGACCAAGCAGUAG